UGAGUGUGAGUCCCUUACACAAAAUGAACAACCUGAGGAACAUCAUUGGAGGCUUCCUCCUAUGCCUCCUGCUGCUCUCUGAAGCUUCUACAGGGAUGAGGUUGCCCAGAGAGACUAAAGCUGAUUGGGAGCGUGGCAAAGAUGCUUCAUAUGAGAUCCUCAAGCAGUUGGAGAAGCUGGAUAUCAAAAAGCCACCGGCAUUUGAAACAACUGUUCAGUUUCCUAAGCCAAUUGAAUGUAGCGACUCCUGUGAUCCAGAUUCCUUGGCCACCACAAAUAAGAUGCCGUGUCUGACAAAAAUCAGCCAGGGACUUCGCCAUUAUCAUGACCUACUGGCCAUGUUUUCUGACCCAACGGUACCAACUGAGCUCCAAAAUGCCCUGGAUACCUUGCUAGAGCUGCCACUAAAUGGCGGCAGCAGCAAUGAAGGACACAGCCCAGUCACCAGGACUGCCGUGCCGGCGUGGCAGAUGGCUCCGCUGCAGAACUUGACCCUGUGGCGCCUGCAGUCCUUUGGGGUGGUGGUGGCAAGAGUCUUCUCCCACUGCGCUGCUUUGGCUUAGAGAGAGCAAUACACAUCAGAGUCAAUGAGGAUCGAUGAGAAAUGUCAAGACAGGAAGCUCUAAGGAGAGA